CGACUUCAACACGACAAACCUGAGCACUACUCGUUACACCCUUAUCACGUUCAACAACUCAAAUAGCCAUUUCAUAUCCGUUGUCUCACCACAUCAACCCAGUACAACCUACCAUGGCCCGAGUCCUACCUUCUCCCGGUGUUGAAUCACACUCUUUUCACCACAAUACCGAAGACAGAGAUGUCACCACCUUCAGCCCAGGGACACCACCCUCUCGUUCCGGAGCCCUUCCAUCCAUGCUCUACCACCACCAUCGUCCCACCCCCUCUCCCGACAUGAUCGACAUCCGCUCCUCCUCCACCUCCCUCCUUGACACCCUCGACACCCAAACUCUCUCCUCCCUCCUGAAACCCCCCGGCCGCAAAUUCAUCCCCUCCCUCCUCCUCUGGGACGAAAAGGGUCAAUCCCUUUACGACUCCAUCCUCGCCACACCUUCUUACUAUCCCUACCGGGUCGAGAACACUCUACUACAAAAACAAAUCUCCGACAUCGCUUCCACCAUCGCUUCUUCGACCACCGACAUCCUCGUCGAGCUGGGCGCAGGCAAUCUCUCCAAGACCGCUUUGCUGCUUACGGCUCUUGAUAGGUGUCUGGACUCUUCUGCAAGUUCAAGUUCAAGAGCGGGCAAUGGGAAGGUAGUCUACUACGCUCUCGACGUCGACCGUUCCCUGCUCGAGUCUUCCCUCGCACAACUCCGCAAACGUACUGCAACCCUGCACCACAUCGAACUCCGCUCGCUUUUGGGGACCUACGAGGAUGGUGCCCGCUGGCUAAGCCAGCCCGAUCUGGCGCCGUACAGGAAGACGAUGGUCUGGUUGGGGAAUAGCAUUGCCAAUCUUGAGAAGGAGGAAGCUUCGGACCUGUUGGCCAAGUUCACUAGUAGCCAAAAGAAUGGAAUGAUGCAAAACUUGGCGGGGUUCCUGUUGGGGGUAGAUGGGUGUUUGGAUGAAGAGAAAGUGGAGAGGGCGUAUAAUGCCCCUGGGGGAGAGAAUAGGCGGUGGGUGUUGCAUGCGCUGGAGGCUGCUGGGGAGCAGUUACAGCUGCAUCUUGGCGAGUCGAAGAUGUUUGAUGCAAAGAAGUGGAAGUUUGAAGGCAGGUGGGAUGUGGGGAGGCAGCGGUAUGAGAACUAUUUGGUUCCCCUGAAAAGAAUGGAGGCGGUGGUUAAGAAAGGGGAGAAGAAAGUGGUGUUGGAGGAAGGCGAGAAGGUGUUUGUGUUGGGAAGCGGAAAGUGGACGGCGAGGGAUGUGCAGGGAAUUUGUGAGGGGCCGGGAUUGGGGUUGAGGAGGAGUUGGCAUUCUGAGGGGGAUGAUUAUGGCAUUUACUGGCUGCAGCCGGGGAAGAAGAGACUUGACAGUGGGAUUGACAUGAAGAAUGAUGAAGAGUGUUAGGUAGACCAAGGACUAGACAUCGGGCAUCACGGCUUUCCAUGAUUGGGAGGAGUGUUAGAUGAUAUGGUAGAUGUAUACAUCACAUAAAAACGAAGGCGAAGUAUUAGUCACUAGUUA